AUGUAUUACGCCUAUAUUCUAAACUCCGUGGUCGCUUUGGCGGGAAUAGCCAUUGCUGCCCCGGCCAUACCCCGAUCUUACAACAUCCCCGCCAGCGAUGGCUUUCCCAGCCCAAAUCCAGAUCAACUGGCAACUAUCCAGCAAAAGGCAGGUGGCCAGUUGCCCAACGGCCCUCCACCACCGAAACUCGAAAGUAGCAGUCUUACUGCGUUCCAACUUAUUCUGUUCAACGAGAACUUCGAAGUGGCCUACUUCUCAUCGCUCUUGGAGAACGUCACCAACAACGCCUCCGGGUAUCAGGUGGAUGACCACCAGAAGAGAGCCGAGUUGCUCUCAGCACUCGAGGCUGUCAAAGCUCAAGAGGAGCUCCAUGCCAUCAACGCCAACAACGUCCUGACAAAGUUCAACACCUUCGCCCCUCCGCCAUGCACGUACAAGUUCCCAACCUCCGACGUCAACUCCGCCAUCGCCCUCGCCGAGACCUUCACCUCAUUCGUGCUUGGCGUACUGCAGGACGCCUCGCAGCUGCUGGCUCAGAAUGGAGACGCCGGCCCGGUCCGUGGCGUGGCGUCCGUGAUCGGCCAGGAGGGCGAGCAGAAUGGGUUUUUCAGAAACUUCCUGGGCUUCAAGAAGCCAAGCGAGAAGCCCUUCCUCACCACGUCCGUCGCUCCGUUCGCCUUCAGUGUGCUGCAGGGCUUCGUGGACAGCUGCCCCUUCGACGUGAGCCAGAUCAACAUCCCCAUAUUCCCGGCCUUGAAUGUCCUCAGUGGCUCCGGUGGAAUGGACGUUGAGGCCAAAGACCAGUCGCUUGCGUUUCAGGCGGACUUGACAAACGUGAAGGAUGCCGAGAAGUACAUUGGUGGACAAGGUGAAGGGCUGUACAUCACUUACCUGACGGGACAGAACUUGCCUCUCAGCCAGCCAGUGACAAAUGUCUCCUGGGAUGGCAAGAAGAUCAAGCUUGAGGCAUCGUUCCCAUUCUCAGCAAAUGUCAUGGAGGGCUUGUCUGUUGCGGUACUGACAACAAGCAGUGGCUUCUCAUCGCCGGAUGAUGUUGUCAAGGCCACGCUUGCUGCGCCUGGAUUGAUCCAGGUCAAUGAGAAGUUGUAG